GUUUGAGUGUCUGAUGUACAUACACAGCCCGGCGUCCAGAGCGGACAUGCGGCGGCUCCAAGGGGAGAAGGACUCACGCAUCUCUCGGUGGGCUUUAAUUGGAAGCGUCACCUCCCACACCGCGUACUGAUAUCGGUCCCGAAUGAGUUGCAGCCAUGGAGCAAGUUCAGGUGAAAGAGAUAGAGAAGAUCAACCCAGCGGCGACGGCCAACUGGUUCUCAAAGAUUUUCUUCUGCUGGCUGAACCCCUUGUUUCGUAUCGGUUACAAACGGUCCCUGGAAGAAGAAGACUUGUACAACGUGCUGCCGGAAUUCCGCUCAAAAACACUGGGGUUGACCUUGCAAAGCUACUGGGAUGAAGAGUGCCUGAAGAGUGCCAAAGAGCUGAAGAAACCAAGCUUCUGCAAAGCCGUCAUCCGUUGCUACUGGAAAUCCUAUUCACUGCUUGGCAUCUUCACAUUCAUUGAGGAGGCGACCAAGAUUGUCCAGCCGGUGCUGCUGGGGUACCUGUUGCGCUACUUUGAGACUUAUGACCCCAAUGAUUACUAUGGUCUGGAGCUGGCCUGCUACUACGCCCUCGGAAUGUCCCUGUGCCUCCUUCUGCUGGCGGUGAUGCAUCACAUAUUAUUCUUCAAUACCCAAAAGGCGGGCAUGAAGAUACGGGUGGCCAUGUGUAACAUGAUCUUCAGGAAGGCCUUAUGUCUCAGCAACUCGGCCACAGGGAAAACGACCACGGGUCAGAUUGUCAACCUCCUCUCAAACGACGUCAGCAAGUUUGACGAUCUUACUAUUUUCCUGCACUACCUGUGGUUGGGGCCUAUCCAGGUAGCGGUGGUGGUCGCCGUUCUGUGGGGAGAAAUCGGCCCCUCGUGUUUGGUGGGAAUAGCACUCCUCAUCUUUCUGAUGCCCCUGCAAACCCAGUUUGGGAGGAUGUUCUCAGUUUACAGGAGCAGGACGGCGGUGCUCACCGACCACAGGAUUCGCACCAUGAACGAAGUGGUUACCGGCAUGCGCAUCAUCAAGAUGUACGCCUGGGAGAAGCCCUUCGCGGCCCUUGUUUCAGAGUACAGAACGGAGGAGAUCGUCAACUUGAUGAAGAGCUCCAUGCUGCGAGCCGCAAACAUGGCCACCUUCUUCUCGGCCAGCAAAAUCAUCGUUCUCCUCACCUUCGCUGUGUACGUGAUGCUGGGCAACACCAUCAAGGCCAGCCGCGUGUUCGUCACCGUGUCGCUGUAUGGCGCCAUCCGCCUCACCGUCACGCUCUUCUUCCCAGGUGCCCUCGAGAGGCUCUUUGAGAGUCUCGUGAGCAUUGAACGGAUCCAGACCUUCCUGAAUCUAGAGGAAUUGCCCAAGAACACCAAUGUGUUCUGCCAGCCAAAGGAUGCCUCUGUGAUCAUCCAGGAACUCGUCUGCUACUGGGACAAGAACCAAGACGCACCCUCCCUCCAGAACGUCUCGUUGAGUGUCGGCUCGAGGCAGCUGGUGGCGGUGAUUGGACCUGUGGGCGCCGGAAAGUCCUCCCUGCUGAGUGCCAUCCUGGGAGAGCUGCCCCUUGACAAGGGGGUGGUCAAGGUGAAGGGGCAGCUGACCUACGCCUGCCAACAGCCCUGGGUGUUCCCCGGGACAAUCCGCGGAAACAUCCUGUUCGGCAAAGAGCUAGACCCCGCCAAGUACGAGAAGGUGCUGCGGGCCUGCGCCCUGAAGAGGGACAUGGAGCUGCUGCCAGACGGGGACCUGACUCUGAUCGGGGACCGGGGAGCCACACUCAGUGGGGGGCAGAAGGCUCGCGUCAACCUGGCCAGAGCUGUGUACCAGGAUGCUGACAUCUAUCUCCUUGACGACCCUCUCAGUGCCGUGGAUGGCGAGGUCGGGAGGCACCUGUUUGAAAAGUGUAUCUGUGGUAUUCUGAAGGACAAGCCCAGGAUCCUGGUCACCCAUCAGCUGCAGUACCUGAAAGCCGCAGACCAGAUCCUGGUUCUCAAGGAGGGUAACGUGGUGGCCCAGGGGGGGUAUACAGACCUGCAGAGGUCUGGACUGGACUUCACCUCUCUGCUGAAACACGAGGAGGAAGGGGAGGGGAAGUUGGAGGAGUUGGCACGCAGCCGAACAGUCUCCUGCAACUCCUUGCCCAAUGAAGAAGCAGACCAGCUGCCGGCAGAACAUACCCAAACAGCUGUGGAGGAGGGCCGAUCGCAGGGGACUAUCAGCACGGACAUGUACUGCAAGUACUUGCGUGCUGGAGCGAACAUCUUUGUUCUGGUAGUGCUCUUUGUGGUCAACAUAGUCGCUCAGGUGGCCUACAUCCUUCAGGACUGGUGGUUGUCUGAAUGGUCCGAUAGGCAAGGCAGCCUGACGGCCGACAUAAAUAACAUCACCAACGCCACCGAGGUGUUGGAUAUACCCUUUUACCUGGGAAUAUACGGAGGUCUGACUGCAGCCACGCUACUUUUUGGGCUCGUCAGGUCAAUGCUCUUCUUCAAUGUGCUGGUGAAGAGCACGGAGACCCUGCACAAACGCAUGUUCGACACCAUAUUGCGAGCGCCCGUGCACUUCUUCGAUGUGAACCCCAUAGGCAGGGUUCUGAACCGGUUCUCCAAGGACAUCGGCCAGAUGGACGUGUUGCUACCCAUCACCUUUGUGGACGCCUGCCAGGCACUGUUCUCAAACAUUGCCUUGUACACCUUGAGGUUAUCGGCCCCUUGGUCAUUGAAACCUAUCAUUCUGCAGACGAUCGGUGUGAUUGUGGUUUCGGCGAUGGUCGUUCCCUGGAUCUUAAUCCUGGUCGUACCGCUCCUCAUAAUCUUUUUGUUCUUCCGCCGCUACUUCCUGCAAACCUCCAGGGACAUAAAGCGACUUGAGGGGACCACUCGAAGUCCCGUGUUCUCCCACCUGUCUUCCUCGCUACAGGGCCUGUGGACCAUCAGGGCCUUCAGAGCCGAGCAGCGCUUCCAGAACGUCUUUGACGCCCACCAGGACCUGCACUCAGAGACCUGGUACCUGUUCCUGACCUCUUCCCGUUGGUUCGCCAUGCGCCUGGACCUAUUGUGCGCCGUCUUUGUCAUCAUCCUCAUAUAUGCCUGCGUGCUGCUCCGAGAUAACCUAGGUGCAGGGGAUGUGGGGCUGGCUUUGUCCUACGCAAUCACCCUCAUGGGGAUGUUCCAGUGGGGAGUCCGGCAGUCAGCGGAAGUGGAGAACUUGAUGACAUCAGUGGAGCGAGUGAUGGAGUACACAGAGCUGGAGAGCGAAGCACCAUGGGAAACCGAGAAGCGUCCCCCGCUUGACUGGCCGAGCCAAGGCCUGGUGACCUUCGACGGGGUCAACUUCUCCUACAGCGCAGACGGGCCGGUGGUCCUCCGUAACAUGAAUGCCACGUUCCUACCCAGGGAGAAGGUGGGCGUGGUGGGGAGAACCGGUGCUGGGAAGAGCUCCCUGGUGUCGGCCCUGUUCCGCCUGGCAGAACCCCAGGGGAAGAUCUACGUGGAUGGAAUACUGACCUCUGAGCUCGGCCUCCACGACCUGCGCCAGAAGAUGUCCAUUAUUCCUCAGGAUCCUGUGCUCUUCACUGACACCAUGAGGAAGAACCUGGACCCUUUCAACCAGCACUCUGAUGAAGAGCUCUGGAACUCUCUGCAGGAGGUUCAGCUGAAGUCUCUGGUGGAGGAGCUUCCCGCCAAGAUGGAGACGCUACUGGCCGAGUCGGGCUCCAACUUCAGCGUGGGCCAGAGGCAGCUGGUAUGUCUGGCCAGAGCCAUCCUGAGGAAGAACCGCAUUCUCAUCAUUGAUGAGGCCACGGCCAACGUCGACCCCAGGACGGACGAGCUGAUCCAGAGGACGAUCCGGGAAAAGUUCAGAGAUUGCACGGUGCUCACCAUCGCUCACAGGCUCAACACCAUCAUAGACAGCGACCGCAUCAUGGUGCUCGACGCGGGGGAGAUCCAGGCCUACGACGCGCCCUACACCCUCCUGCAAGACCCAGAGGGCAUCUUCUAUAAGAUGGUGCAGCAGACCGGCCAGCAGGAGGCAGAGGACCUCUUGGCCUCCGCAAAGCAGGCCUACGAGAACAAGAGUCAGCCCAGCAGCAAGCACGGCAGCACCUCCAACGUCAACCUGGUGAUCCACGAGACGCCCAUGUAAAACCACUCAGCCAAUCUCUGCCUUCAUACAAGAGUGGCGGUGCUACACUAUAACAGUGCUUGCGGUAAUGACGGAAGAGUUGGGCUUUGAGAACAUGCAGCUUUUCUAAGCCACAAGUGGAACCAGGAUGUUCUCGGGUAUGGGAGUUAUUUCAAACCAAGUGUUAAUAGACACUGGUGUAAAAAAUGAAACAAAAACCAACUACACAACCUCAAAUUAUUAUUUACCUCAUCAAGGUGUUGUUGUUACGCGAAAUGGCUUCAUAGCUGGCUGCUGCUUUGUUAAGUGCCUUUACCACGUUUCAAGAUCAGUGAAAACUUUACUUUUCACUUAAAUCUUUUCAAGGACAAUUGUGCGUUUUCAGUGCCUUGCUAUGGUUCUGAUCUCAAUCUCAGGUGAGGAAAAUCUUUCAUAAUUUUUGGUUCAGGUUCCUAAAAUAAUCCUGAUGAAUGUAUUAAAUGCUAAGCCAUGUCACGGUCAACUAGAACAAGCUGUACCUACCCAUAAAUUGGGUGUAAAUGCAAGUUUAACAGCACCUCCUGUUGGCCAUGAUGUUGCCUGCAUGUCCUUAGAGUUGGUGAAGCCUGUGUUGUCUUAUUCUAAAAGCCUUUAAGCAAGCACAGCCAAAAAGUGAGAUUUUCCAAGACACAAUUAUCGUCCUACAUGCAUUUCUGCAAUUUGAGUGUCUGUUUGGAUUGUAAUUGUUAUUGUACUUUUAACAAAGAGAUUGAGCGAGAGAAAGUUACCCUUGAAUUCUCAACAAUCUAUCUGUAAAUGUUUUUCAGUAGCAUUUUAUUGUGAUGUUGAGUUUCUUGAGAACUAAAAUCACUAAUAUUUAGUUCUUAUUCUUGCAUCAGGGAAAAAAAAAUAUUCUUAAGUUUAUGUAAAUCGAAGUAUGCUGAGACAAAUGUUGAAUGUAAUUGAGUAAUGCUCUGUUCACAACUGGUUGCAGUGUUGCCUUUCAAAACAUUUAUUUCAAUGGAAGAUGGAUGACUGACAGUAACGGAUCCAUUGGAAAUCGGCGGAUAUGUUUGAAAAUGUCAAUACUAUAUUUGUGGUUGGGACUGAAAUCAACCAUAAAAGUCAUCUAACACAAUUUGUUGCUUGUUUUCCUUUACUAAAUUAUGGAUUUUUACUUCUUGAUGAAUUAAGCCUCAAACCUGGACUAUUAUGACUGUAGCUAUUUAUUUAAGUAUCGGACCUAGAAAGUUUCUGAAGAGAAAAAAGACGUCCAUCU